CGCUCGAGUGCGCAACUCGCACUCGUGCGGGAGCCAGCGGCCGAUGGCGACGACCGCCGAGAUGUGCCUGCGAAGUUACGUGGUGCCGCCGUGCCGUCCUUAGAUCCGCGUCGUGCGUCCCCUCCCCCCUCCUCCCGCGCGGACCGCCGUUGCUUUUCCGCGUGUUUUCCGUCCCUGCAAGACGCACGACGACGACGACGACGACGACGACAACGACAACGACGGCGACGACGACGACGACGUCGACGUCGACGACGACGACAACGACGACGACAAUACGUCCCGACGUCGAGCCCGUCGUCGAGUGCGUGCCGCGAAUCGUCGCGCGUGAAUGCGUUCGUCGGUGUUCGUCGGUGUGGUUGGCGGUGUGGUGGUGUGGUGUGCGCCGUGUCGAAGAAGUGCCGACCAGAUCACGGUGGAUCAUCCGUCUGUACCGAGCGAAGGGGAAAGAAAUAUGCGUAUAUAGCUCACCGCGAGUUGACACUUCCGCGGGAACAUGGGUCCGCGGCUACACCGCCAGUCGUCCCCGAGUCGCCAGCAAGCGGCUGCACCGCCGCCGCCGCCGCUGUCGUCAUCGUCAUCGUCGUCGUCGUCGUCGUCGUCGUCCCGGCGUCGUCGUCAGUAAACACCGAGCACCGACGGAUAUACAGAGUUGGGACUAACCAUGUCCACUAAGAGGCAUCGCGGGCAAAAAUUAAGUGUAGAUAAUAAAAUAGCAUAUGAAGGCCGUAAUAGAUAGAAUGAGCGCAUCUCGGCAAAACGAAGCGCGUUGCUUCAAUGAAAACUCUCCCAGGCCACCAGUGCCAGGAGAGGAAACUGGAAGCCAUGUCAGCCGGAUCCGUCCACAGAGUCCCGCUCUGACACCAAGACGCUCUUCUUUCGCGACACUGCAGGCCUCUGGCAGUUGCGAUGUUUCCGCACCACUGGGAUUUGAACCGGAGGGUUGUUGCGGAACCACUACCAUGGAGAGCAAUUCGCCCCCUGCUUACGCACGGUGGGCGAGAAAUCUGCACUCCCUAUUAGAGGAUCCGACUGGCUUGGAGUUGUUCAAGAGGUACCUAAGUCAGGAAGGGCAUCUGGAUCCGCUCAAUUUCUGGUUCGCCUGCGAGGGCCUCAAAGAACAAAAGGACAUGGAGAAGAUCUCGCAGUUGGUGAAGCUUAUCUAUCGAAGAUUUUUUCUCAAGUCGCAGCUAAGCAUACCGGAGGAUGUAAUGAAGGAGGCGGAUCGGCGGGUCAAGGAGGGCCGCGCCGAUCACAAGGUGUUUGACAUCGUGCAGCUGGAGGUCGAGCGGCUGAUCAACGAGACGACGUAUCCCAACUUUCUUCAAUCUGAUGUGUACGUGCAGUAUGUUCAGUCCUGCCAGAAUCCCGAUUCCGGCGGUUGCCCGAGCUCGAGUUCGGGUAGUCGCGAGAUGUCCAUCUCCUGCGGACCAAGUCUGCUGCCCACCGUGCACGAAGACAGCGAGUACAUCGGCACCGGUUGUGUACACAUGCACAAUGCGCACUCAACCGGCGGGACACCCGGGGAACUGAGAUUGACCAAAGAUAUGCUAAUGGCUACCCAACAGAGUAGAGCGAUGGAUGUGCGACCGAGGCCGGAAGCGUACGCCGGCAUUUACUUGCAACAUGGGGCUAGUCCGUAUCACAUGCACGUAUCCAGAUUGCACGCACAAUAUUCCUCCUACAACCCAGUAUCCAGACAGGAUUCCGAGCUUCAGAGUUUGAGCAGUGAUGCACGUACCGAGGUGGACAAUGUCUCCCUCAACGACGGAUCCAUCGAUGGGACGAGCAAUAGGCAGAGAAGCAAAAAGCAAUACAGCAAGCAAUCAAGUAGGGCAAUUAAAGAGUCCGCGAAUAUAAAUCGCGAAUCCAUGUCGCACCAUGUCGUCCCACGAACCCAGCGUAUGGUAUCCCCGAAACAGAUGUCGACGGAGCAAUUCGCGGAAGUGCUCACGCAGAAAUUGGAGAUCGUCGCACGAGAGCAGAAGGCCAACGAGAAACUGGAGAAAUAUCUGUAUCAAGACAACGACGCGUCGAACGGUAACGAUGCGUCGGUAGAAACUUGUGGCGCUUCCAAGACUCUCGGCGACGCGCUGAAGGAAAAGUUGUCUAUGGAGGAGGACAGCGAUCAGGCGAUCCUCGACGAGCACGUAUCUCGCGUCUGGUCCGAUCAAACACCUUCAAGAUCACCCAGACUCUCACCCGAGAGAAGGCGUCCCAUUCAUAAUUAUCCACGGCCUUACAAGCAGAGGAAAGAAAAAGAUAUGGACUCCACAUUCUCAGUGGAUAGCGGUAAUAUCCAUGACUUUCAAGAGGGCAGCGAUCUUGUUGGAGCCGGUUCCAUGAGUUCACUAGGCUCACACCUGCCCAAAUCUAAAUCUGUGCCAUCGGAUUACGGUGAUUUCCACCACAAGCAGGAUCUACACGUUCAAGGUCACGACCAAAGAUUCCGAAGGUCGGACAUGACGAGACGGUCAGCCACGAAAAAGUCAAUGACGGAACUAACGGAUAGUGGAGUGAGCGUGGUCAGCGACGUGCAGCCUUCCGUAAACAAGGACGUUCGUCUGUUGCCGCGGUUUAAGGAAAUGGACAAGAAGGUUGAUUUGAAGCAUGGUAGUCGCCAUGGCAAGAGGUACGGCUCGCGUAGCGGGUCCUUAGAAAGGCCAAACAGAGAAACGUGGAACAUGGGGGUACCUGCUCAACCGUUCGUCGCUGAUCCGGGAAUGCCACCGCUGCCACCACCUCAUACGGUUAUACAAUUAGAGGAGACUUGUAGAAGACUCAUGGAAGAGAAUAAAAUCCGUGCUAGUUGCAAGCAACGACACCUCAACGUUUCGAAACAGACGCACGAGUUUGCGUCGCAGAGCCAACCGUACGUCCAAUCCAAUCAGUCCACUUUGAGGAAACCGAAGCAGGACGAUUUCACCACUGUUGUGUUCAGUUUCUGUGACGAGCAAUUCCCCUACAGGACCAAAAUUCCUGGUCACAACGUCACGUUGAAGCAGUUCAAGGAGUAUCUUCCGAAGAAAGGGAGCUAUCGAUACUUUUUCAAAACGGAAUGCGACGACUUAGAUAUGAAAGUUAUACAAGAAGAGAUAACGGACGAUACUGAGAUUCUGCCACUGUGGGAGGGCAAAGUGAUGGCGCAGGUAAAGGCGCUCGAGUAAUAGACUGAAUAAAAGAAAACGAAACCGAGCGCGAAAUGUGCGUAUUCUGACCAAGUGCCGCAAUAAAUAUUAUUUAAGAGACCCGCCACUAAGCCUGGCGCGCUCGGUGUUUAUACAUAUAUACAUAUUAACGCUUGUCACGCGGCCUCUUUCUCAUAAUUGCCUAAGAAAGUAGUUUUAAUCGACGACAAAGAUAAAUAUCAAAGUCGGGUAAUAUCGUUUCGUGCGUGAACAUUGCGGAAAAGUAAGAAAAGAAUGGCCUCAUCUAAUUCUGUCGCUCGAAUGUCCUCGAAGGUACCUCGUAAGCUUUGUUCACAUUACAAGUACAGUAACUAUUUCAUUAAGUUUUCCGCUCAAAUAUUUUUGAAUAAAAUUUUUUAAGUCACUUCAUUGGUUAUGCUAAAAUUUCGACUGCAAGUUUUGCACUAAUGUUUAUUCCGGAAGAACAUUUUUCCGAUGAAAAGAUGUAUUUAUGUGUCUGUAGGAAAAAUAUAUUUAACGCAAAACACUACCAUGUCUUUUGGCUCGCAUUGUUUUUUAGCGUCAUUGAUAAGGUAGACAACAAUUUUUAAUUAAAUUAUUUGAGCGAAGAUCAGACCAGAGCAGGACUAGAGUCGCACUCUUCUCGUUUCUUACUUUUCAUUUUUCAUCAUAUUUAUACUUUCACAUUUAUUCAGAGAAAAAAUUGCGUUCGUUAUUUGAAACUACUUUGUCAAGAAAUUUACGGACGCGACAGACAGAUCGCGCGACAUCUCUUUAUUGUACAUAAUUAGUAUAUAAUAAUUUUGAUGACAAUGCUAUGCGUUUUGUUGGUACGGGUUUUGCCAGGUGAAAUUAUUAUAAUUUCACCUGGCGCGAUACCAUACUUUCACGGGGUAGUUUGAGCGAGAACGGCAACAACACGUCGAAAUACCGAGUACAUUGUGACCGACUAAACAAUUUCUUCCUCUCGAAGACUUCCCAUAGUUCUCCACACGACUGUACAAAGAUCCGCGUAGUUGAUCGCCUUAGUAAAGUCCGCGUAGGCACUAGACUUACAUAGAAAAGAAUAAUUAUUACAAACUAGCAUCUAAUGUAUUACGUAUGAAUAUAU